AUAUUCAGCGGAGAAAAAAAAGAUAAGGACGAAAGCCAAGAAGAACGAAGACGAAGAAGAAGAAGAACGAAGAACAAAGAAAAUGGAGACGUACCAGUCGAUGCCAAAGGUUGAGCUUCACGCUCAUCUUAAUGGAUCCGCCAGAGACUCCACUCUCUUUGAACUUGCUAGAGGCCUGGGUGAGAAAGGUGUCAUAGUUUUCUCAGAUGUCGAGCAUGUUAUAAUGAAGAGUGAAAGGUCCUUACAUGAAGUGUUCAAAUUGUUUGACUUGAUCCACAUUCUUACUACUGAUCACAAAAUCAUUACAAGAAUCACCAAAGAAGUUGUUGAAGACUUUGCUUCUGAUAAUGUUGUGUAUCUGGAGCUAAGAACAACCCCCAAGAAAAAUGAUUCAAUAGGAAUGACAAAACUCUCUUAUAUGGAAGCUGUAAUAGACGGUCUAAAGGCAGUUACUGCUGUUGAUGUUGCUUUUAUGCCCCGUAAUGGUGAAGCUGAUGCUGGUAGUGGCAUGGAUCCUGUACUUAUAAGUGAUACAUGUAAUGGAACAGCAAAAAAGAAAAUAUAUAUCAGACUUUUGUUGAGCAUUGACCGAAGGGAAACUACUGAGGCUGCGAUGGAGACAGUGAAGCUUGCUCUUGAAAUGAAACAUCUAGGGGUAGUUGGUAUUGACCUUUCUGGAAAUCCCAUGGUGGGAGAAUGGAGCACGUUUUUGCCAGCAUUGAAAUUUGCAAGAGAACAAGGUCUUUGUAUAACCCUUCACUGUGGAGAGGUACCUAAUCCAACAGAGAUAAGGUCAAUGCUCGACUUUAUGCCCCAGAGGAUUGGUCAUGCUUGCUGUUUCGAAGAAGAAGAAUGGAAGAAGUUAAAGUCCUUUAAUAUUCCGGUCGAGAUUUGUUUGACAUCCAACAUCAGGACUAAUACAAUUUCUUCACUAGACGUUCACCAUUUUGCUGAACUCUAUGAAGAAAAGCAUCCUUUAUCCCUCUGCACUGAUGAUGUUGGAGUUUUCUCUACUAGUCUUUCCGGCGAGUAUAAGCUUGCUGCUUCUGCAUUUGGUCUUGGAAAGAAGGAAAUGUUUCAGCUAGCAAAAAAUGCAGUUGAAUUUGUAUUUGCUGAUAAUUUAGUGAAGAGGGAUCUAAGAGAGAUCUUUGAUUCAGCUGCGAAUAGGCUGGAUCUAUUGCCAUGAUCACUUUUCAGAAGCAUCGGUUGCUUCUUAUAGUUUAUUUGUUUCCAGGUAAACUAUAUGGACAAUAGAGCUGCAAAUAUGAAUUUCCAGUCAUGCCUGAGACUGCUCAUCGUGUCUGGCAAAUGACUUUUGCACUUGUAGGUUUCUUAGCCUGGCCUGAGUAGUCAAUAUACCCUUGGUUAUAGACUCAAGACUAAAAACUUCAUAAAUUCAAUAUUCUUGAUAAAUUGUUGCCAGACCAUUCGUCCCUGUGUUUCAAGAACCACAUGACUAAGUUUAGUAUUAAAACUCCUGUUUUUAUCUCAUCUACUAUUAUUACUCAUGGAUUAAAUCAUCAUUUACUGAUAGAGAUGUUAUUAUGAUAAUAAUUGUCGUACUUAUAUUUUAGUAAAAUUACUUGUAUGCAUAUCGGCUGUUCUAUUCAUAUCCUCAGGUUUGACAU